GUCGUCUCUAUCAUUUUCAUUCACUGUUCCCCAAGCCAAAACCCUACGCCAAUUCUCCCGCCUUCAUGGCCACUCUCACCAUUUCCGACCGCCAAAUCCCCCUCAACUCCCACGACUAUUACGACAUUACUUUCGACGACGAUGAAAUCCUCACUCUCGUCACUGCUUCCCCUUCCAUGGUCGACAUGUGGAUCUCCGAAAUCCUCCGUAUUCACCGCCGUAGACUCCACCGUCUCGUCGUUGGUCUUGACGUUGAGUGGCGUCCUAACUUCGAUCGUCAUUUUCGUAACCCCGUCGCCACUUUACAACUCUGCGUCGGUCGCCGCUGCCUCAUUUUCCAACUCAUCCACGCAUCUGAAACUCCUCAGUCUUUGAUCGAUUUCUUGGAGGAUGAUACUUUCACUUUUGUUGGCGUUGGAAUCGACAAUGACGUUCUCAAGCUCUACAAUGAUUACGAUCUGAAUGUUGCUAACACUGUUGAUCUUAGGGAGUUGGCUGCGGAUGAGAUGCAGAGUGAUGAGUUUAGGACUGCCGGAUUGAAGACUUUGGGGAGAGAGGUUCUUGGAAGGGAGAUUGAUAAGCCGAGAAAUGUGAAGUUAAGUCGGUGGGAUCGUCAAUGGCUGAACCCUGCUCAGAUACUCUAUGCUACUGUUGAUGCAUUUUUGUCGUUUGAGAUUGGAAGGUAUCUGCUGAGUUGAGUCAAAUCUCGCAAGUAAUGUUUAGGGUUUUUGAUUUUGGUUGUGAAGAUCCUUCUAGGGUGUUCGGUUUUCUUUUCAUGAGUUCUGUAUAGGAUUAGCAAAUGGAAUAUUACGUUCAUAACUGUUCUUCUGCUGGAUCCAUGUUCAUUGGAGUAAUCUGUUUCAUUCUGGUUUGUUCGUUUUCUUCCAAUGUUUAGUUUUAGCCCUUUUCCUUUAAUCAGUUUCUUCACUAUUCAAA